CUUAUAAUGAAAGAUCUCUUUCGAAACACGACUUUUGGCAUCCUUCUUCGUGUCAUCACCCGUGGAAAAGUCUUACAAUAUGACGAAGAAAAAGACCCUUCAAUAUGGAAACGAUAUUUGGCGCCCGAGCUAUCAGCUCACAUGGCUACCCAUGGAAAUCUAGGCGGCGAUGCCGAUGAAGGCGUCCUAAGAAAAGAAAGCGGAAACUUCUCAAACGGAAACCGAACAUCGUCCGAUUCAUCUCGUAUAAGAAUCCCAGAGAACACGCCCAUCAACGAGACGAGUGGUGUCCCUGUCGACCCUGAAAAGGGGCGAGAUGUCAAUGUCAACCCGCAGAACUGGUCGUCAGGCAAGAAAGCUUUCAUAUCAUUCCAAAUAUGUCUCUUGACUUUUUCCGUGUACAUUGGCUCUGCCAUCUACUCUGCCGGCAUCGAAGACGUUAUGAGAGAUUUCCGCGUCAGCCAAGUCGCCGCGACACUUGGUCUGACGCUCUUUGUCCUUGGCUACGGCAUUGGUCCCAUGCUUUGGGCUCCAAUGAGUGAAAUGCCCGCUAUUGGGCGUAACCCAGUGUACAUCGGAACAUUAACCCUCUUCGUGAUCCUGCAAGUUCCAACUGCUCUAUCCGUCAACCUAGGCAUGCUGUUGGCUUUCCGAUUCAUCACUGGCUUCGUGGGGUCGCCUCCUCUAGCCAACGGCGGGGCCACCAUAUCAGACAUCUAUCCUCCCAAACAGCGCGCCUACGCCAUGGCCGUAUGGGGCGUCGGCGCGGUCUGCGGUCCCGUCAUGGGGCCCCUGAUCGGCGGAUUUGCCGCACAAGCCAAAGGCUGGCGCUGGACAAUCUGGGAAUUGACAUGGCUAUCUAGCUUCUCGCUGGUCUUCCUUUUCUUCUUCUUCCCGGAGACGUCUCCCGCCAACAUUCUCUACCGGCGCGCUCACCGCCUGCGCAAACUCACCGGCAAUCCGUCCCUGAAGAGCGAAGCCGAGAUUGCCGCCGAGCAAUUCACGCCCAGGGAGAUUGCGCUCAUGGUGUUAGUCCGGCCGUUUACGCUCAAUUUCCAAGAACCCAUUGUGCUCGCGCUCAACUUGUACAUUGCGCUCAUCUACGGCCUCUUGUAUAUCUGGUUUGAAUCCUUCCCGUUGGUGUUUAUCGGCAUUUACCACUUCAACCUGGGCCAGCUAGGGCUCGCGUUCAUUGGCAUCCUGGUCGGUGCCUUGCUCACCCUACCGUUCAUGGUCUGGUACCUGGCUGCCAAACAGGUCAAGUAUUUCAAUGAGAAAGGCGAAAUCAAGCCCGAGAAACGUCUGCAGAUUGCCAUGGUCGGAGCGUUUGCUAUUCCGAUAUGCUUAUUCUGGUUCGGCUGGAGCGCCCGGCCCUCGAUUCAUUGGAUCAUGCCGAUUAUUGGGUCGGGAUGGUUCUCUGUCGGCGCGUUCCUCUUGUUCAAUGCCAUCCUGAAUUAUCUGGCCGAUGCGUACCCGGAUUAUGCUGCCUCAGUAUUGGCUGGUAACGAUUUCAUGCGGUCUUGCGUCGGUGCAGCGUUCCCGCUGUUUGCUACGGCCAUGUAUAAGAAUCUAGGCAUCAACUGGGCCAGUACGCUGCUGGCGCUCUUGUCCUGUGUUUUUAUCCCGAUUCCGUUUGCGUUGUACUUUUAUGGCGAGCGCAUUCGUCAUGCCAGCAAGCUUGCCCGUCAUGAUUUGUAGUUUCAUUUGUUACCAUUUCAUUUUUUAUUUUUUAUUUUUUAUUUUAUUUUUAUUUUUAUUUUUAUUCUUCACUUCCAUUACCAUCCAUCGUCUUAAUCAUCAAACGUCCCUUUCCCCUUAUGUAUAGAUGGUAUACACCAGCAUCAACAUCCAAAGAUUCCAGACCCUCCAAUAAUGCAGGCGUUUUCCCCUCUCUUUCCCCAUUGAAAUCCGAUUUCAGUCGAGCACCGCAUAUUUCGUUUCAAUGGCUUCAGGUAUACCGUAUGAU